AGUCUAACGACAAGAGCCGAGCUGUUCCGAAGGCAUCUACCAGAGCAGCAAAGGUACAUCCCCUAAAAUUAGCCGCACCCAAACUCCAGCUCAGCCUUUCUCCUCCUCUUCCCUUUAUGAGAGCCAUGGCAUCCAGAUCUGCAUCAGCAUCUUCUACUUGUAGUACUUUUGCUCUUUCUUCUUCUCCAGGGAUAAUGCGCUGGGGCUGGAUGUCUCUCCUGGUCAUAGUCUUAGAGGUAUAUCUGUGGACAAAGGCUGGGGACCAGUCCUUUGUGAAGGCAUUGAGAUUUCACUUGUAUGCAUUCUCAGUUUUUGGAUUAUACUUCACCAGUCGUUAUGUAUGGAGACGAAUGAGACAACUCAUUAGGCCAUUACCACUACUAGCACAGUAUCCUUUACUAGCAGUCCUGCUAGUGGGUCUAAGUCUAGCUACUAUAACAAUACCAUUAGGCCAACUAAUCAUUCUGACUGAGCCACCAUUGUUCCUUUUACUGGGUAGCUAUCUGGUAGGAGUCGUGAUAUUUCUCAGUGGAACUUUGCUAGGAUUGCAUGUUACUACUUCUAUUAUGAGGAGAUUAGUGAAGAGGAGAGAUAAUAAUAGCAAGAUUGAUAAUGGAGAGAGUAAAGAUGCUUCAUUAAGAUUCCAAUCUUUGAUUGCUUUGUUAAUAACAUUGGCCCUUUUAAGCAUUGGAGGUUAUCACUCUCGUAACAUACAAAUAAGUUACGUUACUAUACCAAUCAGUAGAUUACCUCACAAUCUUAAUGGAACCACCAUAGUACAAUUGAGUGAUAUACACAUGGGCCCUUUCAUUGGUCGCUCACGUAUAGAAUCAGUCGUAAAGAAAGCUAAUGCAUUGAAUGGUGAUAUUAUAGUUAUUACUGGAGAUCUGAUUGAUUCUUCUGUGGAGAACUUGUGGGAAGCUGCCAAGCCACUAGGAGAAUUGAAGACCAAACUUGGCGUGUACUAUACAACAGGUAAUCAUGAAUAUUAUUCUGGUGAUGUUGACAGUUGGAUUGAAAAGCUGCCAGAGCUACGCGUGACACCUCUUAUAAAUGAAAGGAGAUGCAUUGAACCGUUAAUGAAAGAAGGCUCCACCACUGAAGGGAAUGGUAGGGAUGAGUCUUGUCAGAAUGGAUUCUAUUUGGCUGGACUAGAGGAUAUUGAAACAAGAAGACUAAGGUAUGGCCAUCAUUCAAUGGAUAUCCACAAAGCAUUAUCUGGUAGAACUCAAAAGAUACCAACAGUAGUACUAGCACACCAACCCCGUGCUGCUGCUGAAGCUAUUCAUUGGAAAGAUGUAAGACUAGUACUAUCAGGACACACUCAUGCUGGACAAGUGCUGCCACUAAUGCUACCAAUCUAUUUGUACAAUCCGUACUUUGCCGGGCUUUAUCAACCAAUGGUAGGGGUGUAUGUGUAUGUGAGUGCUGGUACCCACUAUUAUAUGCUUCCUUAUCGUCACUACAAACCUGAAAUAACUUUAUUGACACUAGUUAGUGUUUGAUUUCUAAUUCAUAUUAUUAAGAAUUGACUUAUUUAUUU